UUGCCAUUUAUUCCUUCAGGUAACUACACGGGUAGCCCAGCUGUCAACGCAGCGUCAUUUCAUGGAGAUCAGGCUCGUGAUGAAGCAAUUACUGUUGAGGAAGAUUUUGGAGCUCAAUCUGGUUCGCAUUUGCCAAACAACCCAGAAUUUAUCCACGGAAACCCCAGAAUGAAUAGUGAUAAUGAUCCAGUUCUGCACAUCGGCCAUAAAUAUGAUCGAAAACCAGAAGGAGGCAUCGAUGAUGAUAUUGACUUGGAAUCUUUAGAUCCUCUCAAGAACAAGAACUCUAAUGAUUCGGAUCAGCACCGCCACCAUACUUAUGGUAAGUCGGAAUUUCCAAAUGUAGUGCAUGUUUCUUCACCACAAUCCAACUCCUGCUUACCAACGGGCUGCAUUUUUGCAGGCAUUUUGGAUCAAAGCGAUAAAAAUGAAUCUGAAAUGCGGAUUAAAGAGCGCCCUGGUGGUAAGUUGGAAAUGUUCUACUUUAUGGAAUUUCGCAAGUAA